AUUGUUAAUGCCUGUCGUAUUAUAAGAGGUAAAACUACUGCUGGUUGUCAGUUUUGCCACAAUGAUAUUGCUCAUCCUACCCAUGUAUUUCGUAAGGGCCUCCACCGUUAUGAACCCCGUGCAUUGCGUUCUAAUUGUUCAAGUUUGGUGGAUGUUGGUACUGGAUAUAGCCUUCCGCCCUGCUCGGAUGGCGUAGCUAGCAAGAAAAUUCAAGAAAAUUUCCUGAAUGUACUUUCUUUUUACCCAAAUGCAUCUUGUGAUUACGCCAUCUAUCCACUUCCAUCUCCUGCUAACAUUUCGUUGGAACUGCCUUUUGUAGGUGGAUGCUGGAGUUUUUUUUUUUUUUUUUUUUUAAUUUGGGAAAUUAUCAAUGAGCUCCUUUCAGGUUUGAUAUAUCAUCACUCACACCUCUGCACUAUAAAAGUUGUACUCUCACCCCCUCCCUAUCCUAUAAUGA